UAUCACAACGAGCUGCUGCUCGGCACGUGCAAAAAUAAGAUAACCGAAAAACAUUUUUUAAAUUUUUGGACAGAAGUGCUAGCAGCAUUGUUUUUGCCAAGUUUUAUUUUUUAGAACGUUGGGAUUUUAUUGUUUUGGUUAAUUAGUUAACGCCCGCGUUCCACCCGUUCCGUUCGUGUAGAUACGUUUAGAGUGAGAACGUUUGUAACUGUGUAUUCUCACUAUUCUGUUUGAGUGCUUGGGAUUCACAGUUUGAGUACAGUGUUAUGUAGACCGCGGAGUUAUUCAUUUUUGCUGUCCGUUCUUGGUUUCCCUUUACGGAAAUUAUGCGGAUUUGCCGAUCAGUCUUAUCGGCAUCUCCCUGUCUGCACACAUUCCUUGCUCGUCCUUUAUCCACCCCCUCCGUGGCCGUCAAACGAAUGGCCGCCGCGAGUCCGCCGUCCCUGGCCGACCAACUGCGCCAGGAGCGGCUCUUCGUCUACCACACGCCGGAGGAUACGCACAUGCUGCUGCGACUGCGCUUCCGCGGCACUCCCGCCAUGGGCACGCUGCGUCGUGAUCGUCUGUUCAACUUCCGUCGCCCCAAAGACGAAGAAGUGGGGCGGACGCUGGAGCGGAUGGCGCAGAAUUUAACCAGCAAAAUCACCACCCGCAUCAAGAACAAAAAGGCUAAAAAAGCCAAAUUGGAUGUUGCAGUUGUGCAGGAAGCGCCCGCAGAAGAGAGCGAGAGUCUGGCGGUGUCAUUGCGACGCAGUGGAAAAGAGAUCCCGUCGGAGACACUGAACGGGUCUACCUGGACUGAGGGAGAUCAACUGUUAGUGGAUUCAGCGGAAUUUACGAUCUGCGUUAAUCCUCCCGUGAUCCCGACUGGUAAAAUCACGAAGCAUAUUUUACCGAAUUUUCCCGUUGACGUGACGCUGGACUGUGAUGGCGUUAUCGAAGAGCAAUCUAUCUUUGUUUGGUUGAAACAGAAGACUGGAAAACGCAGUGUUGAUCCAAUUCCGUUUGAUUUUAUCCUGAGUAACGAUGGUCAGAAAAUUCCUUCGGACCUCAUUGCUGAGGCACUGGAUGAUGUUUUACCACAUCCAGGAAGAGACGGAUGGGAAGUGGCAUCUGUCGAUAAAGAGUGGACACCUGGAAAAGAACAUGUCGGGUUACUUUUAUCGCUGCUAUGUUUGCCUAUCAAAGACGAUGUGGUUGGAGAGCCUAUUGCCCUGAUAGCCAAGAAUCCCAUUGCUGAGCCCUUAACAGAACCGAUACCGUUUAUGCGGCGGCAUGAGAGUUGCCAGCAGAGAGCUGGUUCCGAUGGGUUCCGAAUAGUCAGCUACAACUUGCUGGCCGACUUGUACGCUGACCAGGAAGCCAGUUUAAAGGAACUUUUUCCAUACUGUCCACCCGAAUGCAUUAAAGGCGACUACCGACGCCAGCUGACACUACGCGAACUGAUAGGCUACAACGCUGACAUCAUCUGUGUGCAAGAGCUGGAUACCAAAUUAUUCAACUCGUACUACUCCAAGCAGAUGCGACGAAAGGGCUACGAGGGAUUAUUUUUGCAAAAGACCGGUAAAGCGCACGAAGGCAUCGGGACGUUUUAUCGCACGGAUAAAUUCCGACUGCUUAAUCAGUACGAUAUUAAUAUCACGUCGGAGCUGUUUGAAAAUCCGGCAAAUAAAGAUUUAGCGGAUGCUGUCAAUAGUAAAGCGAAAUUAAAGGAAGUUAUGAUGACAAGAACGAAUCCUUUACAGGUUUGUUACUUACAAGAUCUGGAUGGUUCCGGUCGCAGCGUACUUGUCGCUAAUACACAUCUCUGGUUUCGUCCGCAAUAUCCACGCGUUCGCUUAUUACAGAUGGGUGUUUCACUGCGACACCUGCAGCGUAUCGUGAAAGAUGUCACGGCUAAAGAUAGCACUACGCCGGCGAUAAUAUUAUGUGGCGAUUUCAAUAGUUCCACGGGAUGGGGCGUGCAUCAUCUGCUCAAUAAACGUUCCGUUCCCGUUGAUUUUCCGGAAUGGAAAAUGUUCUGCACUGAAGAUGAUGAGUACGUGGAAUUGGCUUUGGAGCAUCCAUUUCAUCUCUUCAACGCAUGUGGAGAACUGCAAUACACGAACUAUACUGCUGGGUUCAAAGCAGCCAUCGACUGGAUCUAUGCCGAUGCGCAACAGUUGGAUAGCCGCUUCGUCAUCCCCAUGCCCACGGAGGACGAACUCUCAGCAUUUACAGCAAUUCCUAGUCCAGUUUUCCCAUCGGAUCAUAUUGCUAUUGGCUGUGAUUUACACUGGAAGGCAUGAUCCGUUUUGAAUGUUUUGUUUUUCGGGAUCGUGUUCGGUGUAUUUGAAUUUUGAAUUGUUCGGUGAAUUUUUUAUAUUUUUUGUUUCAUCUUGCAGUUUUUAACUGCAGCUCCAGCCUGUGAAUUGUUGUUACUUGAACGAGAUACGCCUGAAAAACGCGCAGCCUGUGUUGUACCAUUUUUAAAUUAUCAUGCUGCCAGUCGUUAAACUAGAGUAGUUGCAUUAUACA